AUGGAGCAUGUGAUGAAGUUGAAAGAGAAUUUGAUAGAAUGGAAGAUCUUGAAGCACGACGACGACGACAACAACAACAACAACAACAACAACAACAACAGCAGCAGCAUUCAAGGACAAGGGUAUAAAAGUCCAAACUUUGGUAGAGUUUGUGGGUAUUUGUUGAGCAAGUUGUUGGAGGAUGUGAAAAAGAUGAUUGAACGUUAUUGUAAAAUUUGGAAGCAAAAUGGAUGUACUAUCAUGACUGAUGGAUGGACUAAUCGUUGUAGGCGUACUUUAAUUAACUUCUUGGUUUAUUGUCCUAAAGGAACUAUCUUCCUAAAGUCAGUUGAUGCUUCUCAUGCCUCCAAGAUUGCUGAUUUGUUCUUUAAGCUUUUUAAGGAUGUUGUCUUAUUUGUCAGUCCUGAAAAUGUUGUUCAUACAAUGACGGACAAUGAUACAAAUUAUAUUGCUACUGGAAGGUUGUUGGAAGCUAAAUUUCCUAAGUUGUAUUGGUUUUCUUGUGUUGCGCAUUGUAUUAAUUUGAUGUUGCAAGAUAUUGGAAAGUUGGAUGAAGCAAGUGAGAUGGUUUCACAUGCUUCAAAGAUUACUAAAUACAUAUAUAAUCAUUGUCAUCCAUUGUAUCUGAUGAGAAAGUUUACUAGUGGGCGAGAAAAACUUCGUCCAGCUCCAACUCACUUUGCUACCAAUUUCAUAGCUUUGCAGAGUAUUCUAGCACAAAAAGAUGCAUUGAGAGAUAUGCUUACUGAGAUACUUGUUCGUGUGCUUCGUAUUGUGAAUAGUGAAGAUACGGCUGCAAUGGAUUUUCUUUAUCAAGCUUUUUAUAAGGCUAGAGAAGAGAUGGUGAAGAGGUUUCAACGAAGAAAGAAGAUUGUGGAGCCUUACUUAAAGAUUUUGGAUACUCAUUGGGAUUCACAACUUCAGAAAAAUCUUCAUGCUAUUGGCUAUUGGUUAAAUUCUGCUUUUCGAUUCAAUGCUGAUGAAUUUGAAAAAUAUAAGCAAACCACUUCUGGCCUACUAGAUGUAAUUGAGAAAUAUGCAUAUGGUGAACUAGAAUUGAAUUCUAAGUUGACAAGUGAGUUAAGAAUAUAUAAGAAUGCUGAAGAUGAUUUUAGAAGACAAUCUGCACUACGUGAACGAAGCACAGUGAUGCCAAAUCAAUUAAAUUUGGAAAAUGAUCAAGAUAAUGAUGGACCGAAUAACAAUGCUAUGGAAGAUAUAGAUGCAAAUCAAAAUGAGAAAAAUGUUGAUCAAGCUCCAAAUUUGUCCUAUGAAGAUAUUGAUACUGACUUUGAGCUCAUUGUUUGGACUUAA